AUGGACCGCGAUCCGCUCUCAGGGAAACCUCACUUUCCACCCCCACCAACUCCCAUCAAAGGCGAACGCACCGUGAACCCCAGGAGGCGGCUCGCGCCUCUCCAACCUCCUCCUUCGCUCGUUCCGCUACCAGCUACACUCCCACCAGGUCUCUCGAGGAAAUGCGCAUUCACGUACACGCAUACGCUAAGCGUCCACAUCCUACCCGCGGCGUACCCGCGUGCUGCGUCGACGCCCGGGAGAAUCGAGGUACCGCUCCCAGAGGCGUUUAUAGGUCCAAAGGCGAAGGAACAGAGGACGAAAAGGUUGUUCGAGACGGCGCAUGGAAUGUUGGCAGAGAAGGUGCAGCUUGAGAGUGUGUUUCCAGACCCAAAGCUUAACGCGCGUGUGGGGGAGGUUGGGCUAUGGAGUACCGUGUUAAGAAUUAGACGGGACGAGAGUGUAUCGUUGGGAGAGGGGAAGAAGGGUAUUACACUUGUGACUACCCAUCCUAUUGGGUUCCAUAAAGAGAUAUGGGAACCUACGUUUAGACAUCUCAUAGAAAUGACAGAGCUGGCCAACUCAUCUAUUAGAAUCGAAGAACUCUGGUCGCUCGAAGCUGUCAACCACGGCGACGCGGCUCUCAUCAACGGCAUCCAUAUACCCAAACUUCCGGAUCGAUCUGACUAUGGACGGGACAUUGCCAAUUUUGUGAUCCACCAUCUUCCAGACGGGAAAGACGCAUUCGGGAAGGAUCUUCCACUCCAGCUCACUCGCCUUCCCGAAUCCAUUGCGACCGAACGAGUGAAACACGGAUUCAGAGAUCGGAAUGUUGUUACGAUGGGUCAUUCACUUGGUGGGGACGCGACUGCGUUGUGUGGGAUAAGCUACCCUAAACUUUUCCCGGCUAUUAUAUUACUGGAGACGACGCUCUUCCCUGGGUCGAAUAACAGAUCAAAGCUCAAGCCCGCAAUCAUCGUCAGCACACUCGGACGGAGAUCAUCCUGGCCUUCAAGGGAAGAAGCGAAGAAAGCUCUCCUCAAAUCCCCUCUCUUCCAAGCCUUUGAUCCAGAGGUCCUAAAUGUAUAUGUUGAGCACGGAACGUACAAAGACGAUAAGACUGGCCAGAUACACCUCAAAUGCCCCCCGGCUUUGGAAGCCAGUGAGUUCGCAGAGCUCCGGACGAUGAACGAGGGGUGGGAGCUGCUACCGACCCUUGACGACAAUGUAGAGCUGAGAUGGAUAAUGGGAGGCAGAGAUGACGCGAGUAACUUGCUGACACGGGAAUUUGUGGGGUGUGUUAGAGUGGGAGGUAUGGAAGUGGCGAGGAAGACAGUUUGGCGGCGAUCGAAGAACGCGUCGAAUGUGAAGCUUCCUGGGGCCGGUCAUCUGCUCGUUCAAGAGAAACCAAAGGAUGUUGCGGAAGACAUUACCUUGUUCUUGACCCGAAAAUUUGGGUCGGGAGAAGAUGGCCGCAAGGCGAAGUUGUGA